AUGGCCACCGCUAACAUCCUGCCCAGCUUCGUGCACGUCGCCAACUGGAGUCACAGUCCUCGGCCUCUUGGCCACUUCAGAUCACAUUCAUCCAUGACCACAUCAGCAAUAACCGCCGGCUCUGCCUCGCCGCCGGCAUCUCCCAAGUCGCUCACCUCACCGAAACCCAAAUCACACCUGGAGCAUCAGUUCUCUGCAUCAUCGCUUUCGAACGUCAACGAUUUCUAUAACGAUGAGCUGAGCACUCUCCCCGAUCCCCGAAGCCGAUCGAUGACCCCGGCGCGUCAUGGAUCAACAGGCAGCUCUCAACACCCAGACCUCACUGAUGAGGUAGCUGCUCUAAGUACAAAGCUCAUCAACGCCAUUAAUCACCAGACGAUACUCGACGACACCCUCAGUGCCACGCGCCACGAGCUCGAGACAGCCAAUGAUCGCAUAGCGGAAUUAGAGGCUCAGAAUGCCUCUCAACGUGAAAUCCUCUCUGGUGACGUUUGGGUUCGGAAAAGCGCUGUUGAAGUUGAGAAGAAGGCGUGGCAAGCCCAGGUCGUCGAGGAAAAGGCCAAACGACUAGAGGUGGAAAAGGCUAAGAAGCUGAUUGAGCAGGAGCUGGAAAACCUCACAGCCGCGCUUUUCGAAGAGGCCAACAAGAUGGUGAUCCGUGCCAAGGAGGAGGCACAGGCUGAGCAUGAUAUUAUCCAGCGCAAGAACGACCAGCUCAAGGCCCAGCUCGCGGAUUCUGAGAGUCUGCUAAAGUCGCAACAAGAGCAACUCUCGGAGCUGAAACAAGUCAUGGAAACCAUCACAUCCGAGCAAGACGACUACACAAAUAACACAGCCCCGUCAUCGCCCGGCGUUGCCAGACUCGAGUUCCGAGAUGAUGAGCGUUUCAGCUCACCUACGCCAACGCAGGGCGUCGCUGAGGCGGUAGCACCAGCACCACCAACGAGCUUCCCUCAUCUUAUCCAACCAGUUCUCCGAUUCGACAUCAAUACGUACGAUGACUUCGUCAACCUCACCAAGAUCUCAAAAAUUCACACAGGGGGGAGUGUAAGGUCGUCCUCGGGGUCUCUCGCCGGACUCAGCCUGCCAUCGCUUGGCCUUGGAGGCUCAACUUCUAGCGUCCAUUUAUCGAACGGUUCAACAACGUCACUUGGAAAUAUCGCGUCUAGCGGCAACAACAGCGCUCCUCAUUCUCCAAGUGGUUCAAGCUCCCUCCAAGCGUCACCAACCCCCAUCCCACAUAUUCGUGAUACGAGGUUCUUCAAGCGUGUUCUCACUGAAGAUAUUGAGCCUACGCUUCGUCUCGAUGUCGCUCCUGGGUUAUCAUGGUUAGCUCGCCGUUCCGUCAUGAGUGCGAUGACCGAUGGAUCAUUGGUGGUUGAGCCUGUUACUACACAUGCUGGCAACUCGUUUAUCAUGAGCAUUUCUAAGCCACACCUGAGCCCUUGCUCAUUAUGCGGCGAGUCAAGGAAGGAUCCUCUCUACCUAAGAAAUCACCGGUUCCGCACCAGCGAGCAGGGUUCAGCUCAGAGAUACCCCUUGUGCAAGUACUGUCUGAACCGCGUUCGAUCCACGUGCGACUUUCUCAGCUUCCUCCGUAUGGUCAAAGAUGGGCACUGGAAGGCGGAGGACGAUGACCAAGAGAAGGCUGCGUGGGAGGAGAGCGUGAGACUGCGGGAGCAAAUGUUCUGGGCCCGCCUUGGUGGAGGUGUUAUCCCCUGCGCAUCGCACGGUACCAUUUACGGGGACAAGAGCCCCCGGCCAAGUAUGGACCAGCUCAAAACAGAGAAGGCUGUUGAUGAAGCGGAUGGAAAGGCCAGAGAAUCUGUCGAGGAAUCCCCGGACUCUCCCAAAUUUGAGGACGCCGUCGCCGUUCUGCCAGAACCCGUGGACUCUAUCGAUAUUCCUACCACCAAGGUCGAAUCAGUCGAAUCAGUUGAAGAGGUCGAUUCCGCCAUCGAGCCACCACCACCUCCACCAAAGGACGCAACGCAUAUCAGUGACGAAACCGAAGUUUCCGAGAAGGCCAAGAUCCCGCAGACUCCCCCUGAGCAAACAGCCAAGGAAUAA